CUUUUACUUGUUUUGUCGGCGUUAAGUCCAGGCUUCGGGGAUAUUGUUGAAAGUUCUUGAUUCCCUGGUAUUCCUGGAUGGGACUGCGAGCAGGCCUUUCCACCGGAUGUGUGGUAUCAUGCCUCGGGCCUUCUGAUCCGUCGUCCCACUCGACGAACGGUCUUGGACAACUCGAUCAUUCCCUUCAGCCUUACGGCAAGGCUGACAGAUCAAGCAUUGAUUGCGUAAUAAUUUGUGCCAUGUGGACCAGGGACUGGUUUCACAGUGAAUCAUUUCUAUAUAAUCGGGAUGUACUGCUUGCCAGUCUAUCAUGUUCUUCAUAUCGCCGGGUGGAAUGAGUAAUCAUUCCAGCGCCGAAAGAAGCCAGAUUAAGCGACCCCGGGCAAGAUAACCUUUCCAACAAAAGCGGGGGUU